AUGGCUCCUCUCAAUCUCACAAAGCAGGCAAAAUUUGCCGUCGCCUUUGCACAGAAGCAAUCUACUUCAAGCCUGCGAUCCUCCCUCAGACCUUUUCCCCGAUCCAUUGCAGCACGCUCACACUCUACAAACACAACAUCCGCAGCCCAAGUCUCUGCCGCACAGAACACACAGUCAAAGCAGCACACUGCCACACCAGCAAUUUCUCAAUCCCGCAACUACUCUCAAGCUGCUGCUGCCAUGCCUCACACCACAGAGACACAGUCGCUCAGGCUGAACAACGCCAACCUGUCCGAGUUGCAGAACGCAACCGUGCCCACCUAUGACCGCACCAAUGUCAAGCACGGAAUCGUCCACGUUGGUGUCGGUGGUUUCCACCGAGCCCAUCUGGCAGUUUACGUCGACAGCCUUCUUGAGCAGCUCCGUCUCAAGGACUGGGCAAUCUGCGGUGUCGGUCUCCAGCCUUUCGAUGCCGAGAUGAGGAACGCUCUGGCUCCCCAGGACAACCUCUACACCGUCAUUGAGCGCUCCGCACCCGGCAGCAAGGCUCGCGUCAUCGGCAGUAUCACAGACUACCUCUUUGCUCCCGACAACGCGGAGGCUGUCAUCGCCAAGAUGGCUCACGAGGACACCCACAUUGUCUCCAUGACCAUUACAGAGAGCGGUUACUUCUACAACGAGAACACUCACGAGUUGGAAACUGAGCACCCCGACAUCGCAGCCGACCUGGCUGGCGCGUCCCCUCCUCGCACCUUCUUCGGUUUCGUUUACGCUGCGCUGGCGCGUCGUUACGAAGCUGGACUGAAGCCCUUCACAGUCCUGUCUUGCGACAACAUGCAGAAGAACGGCCACAUCACCCGCGACAUGCUUCUCACUUUCGCUAAGCACCGCGAUCCCGAUGUCGCCGCAUGGCUUGCUCAGAACGGUGCUUUCCCCAACUCCAUGGUCGACCGCAUCACCCCUAGGACUGUUGAGGAGGAUGUCCACAACCUCCGCGACGAGUUCGGUGUGGAGGACGCGUGGCCUGUCGUCACUGAGCCUUUCAUGCAGUGGGUUGUUGAGGACAAGUUCGCCGACGGCCGCCCAGCCUUCGAGAAGGUUGGCGUCCAGGUUGUCAAGGAUGUCAAGGACGUUGAACAGUUCGAACUUAUCAAGCUCCGCCUGCUCAACGCCUCUCACUCCGCUAUGGGAUACGCAGGAUACCUCGGCGGAUUCCAGUACAUCCACGAGACGAUUGGCCAUCCCAUCUUCGGCAAGUACAUUUUCAACAUGAUGAACGAGGAGGUUAAGCCUCUGCUUCCCACAAUCCCCGGCGUCGACGUCGACCAGUACAUCCAGACCCUGAUCGGCCGCUUCUCCAACCCCACUCUCAAGGAUGAGAUCACCCGCAUUUGCCUGGGUGGUUCCGGCAAGCUGCCUCAGUUCAUCAUGCCCUCGAUUGCCGAGCAGAUCAUUGCUGGAGGGCCCCUUCGCCGCCUUACACUCUGCGCUGCCGCCUGGUUCCGCUACCUUCGCGGCGUUGACGAGCAGGGCAAAGAUUUCAGCCUCUCGUUCGACCCCAGGAACGACGAGCUGCAGGCUAUUGCCCGUGGCGAAGGCAACCCAAUGAAGCUGCUCAGCAUCGGCGACCUCUUUGGUGACGAUCUCCGCAACGACAAGCGCUUUGUUGAAGAGCUCACCAACGCGUACAACAGCCUUGAGCGCGAGGGUGCUAUGAAGACCCUCGAGAAGACCGCAUAA